CCGAAUCGGCAUCGACCCAUUUUCGACCUCUUCCGCUGUCCGGACGAUCGUCGGCAGCCACCAUGGGAGGAGGCGGGGGGACCAUUAAGGCCGCGGUAAAGGCUGCAAGUAUAAGCCCUGCAGCCAGGGGCAGACGCCUCCUCGGUUCCCUGUCGCCAUCGGCUCGCGUGGAGGGUCAGUUCCUCGGGAACCAAUCCAACACUUCUCUUCCUGCUGCAAUAGUUUCGCCGCAGAACGUUGAUGCGGUGGCCCCGGCCAUGCAGGGCCCUGCCGCCUGGGACUGGGAGAUGGACGACUGGGAAUUCGCCGGCGGCGAGGGCGAUCCAGUGCGGAGCAUGACAGAGCCUCCGCCCAGGGUUGUGUCCGUAGGCGUCCCUAGCUACGACGAGGCGGAAGCAGCGACUGCUGAACUGAAGGACGCUGUUGAGAAGUUGUACUCAUCAUCGCAUGACUCUGGUGUAGUUGGAAGUCCUCGUUCUGUGGCAUUGGAUCUGAUGCUGCUUCUGAAACAUGGAUCGGAGACAGAGUCGGUGGCUACCGGCGACUCUUCAGUCACUCCUGCAUUUCCGGGGCAUGCUGCCAGGCACUUACGUUGCUCCGUCAAAACCCGGCUGCUCAGAGGUCAUUGCAUCGAUUGCCAGUGACCCAGAUGUUUUGAAGGCUGCUCUGCGGAACAAGGCCUUUAUGCAAUACUGUCAUUCCCAGAGAACCAGAUCCACCCAGUUCUUCAAUGAGGACAGCGAUGAGGGGCCAUCCAUUGAUGAUGAUCAUCGUUCUCAAGAUUGGAAGUCCCCCAAGAAGUUCGAUCAGUUCUCUGAUGCUUCUGACCAAUUUAAACUCCUGCAUGGCCGGAUAGCGGACAUGGUACAGAACAUAAAGCUUACGGUGGUGGAUAUGGUGACCUCUGUCUCCAGCUACCUGCAAAGCAUCUUCAGUCUCUCCGAGGCGGACAAGGAAGCUGCAGGUGAUACAGGAAGUGGGUCAGGAUUCUUGGAUCGUACUCUGGGCGCUUCUUUCCUGGGACUAGCUAUGAUGGUGAUCAUGAUAGUCCUUUUGAAGCGAGCCUAGAUACAUAUACAUACUCAGAAACUUUAGAAUUUCCGACGAAUAAGAACUUUUGGGCUGUGUAUGUCUGGAAUAUAUGUAUCCCCCUGAUUCAUAAUCCUCGACCGUUUCUCCUUCGGGACUGUCUUGCUAUGCAGAUUUUCUUUUGGAUCUGUAUUAUAAUAUUGCUGGAGUUUACAUUGUUAUA